UAAAGCCAACACUGCAGGACAGCACUCGCAGAGCGCGCUGCCUUGUAUUGAGGUCCAGUGCAAGCUCCAGUGCACUCCUUUAAAUAAGAAACUUGGGCUUUAUGAUACGUAUUUUAAUUUGUAAAGCAGCGAAAGGCAAAAUGCGCAGGAAGAGCGGCUGUCUCAGUUCCCUGCUAUUUAUUUUAAGUUCGUCCAUUUCUUGCUGUCUAGCAGUUGAGAACAACACUAAAUGUGGACUCAGGUGUUCGCAGGGACUACAGUGCAAAAGCAAAAACCUGACUUUCAGUGAGCAGCACAGUAGUUGCCGUCAACCUCCAUUAUCCCUGCCCUCCAAAGUUUUGGAGGAUCUCAAAAUAUUGACAGUGUUGAAAUGCAUAAAAGAGCAGCAGUGUUCCAUACACCUGAAAGCUAAAGGGACAUUGAUUCUUGAUGAACAUAUCCGUGGUGUGGAAAUAUGCUCUAUUUCAAUGAAGACCUUACAGUACCAAUGUGCUGUUGUGAAAUUCAAUAAACAUGGAUAUAAAAAGUUUACAGGACAUCCUGUGCAAAUUGAAUAUGACUGUUUCACUGCUGAAGUGUCUGAAUAUGUUUACGUGACACUUAAGACAAUCCCUUACUAUUGUGAUGUCUUCAUAAAACGGGAGCACCGAGUAGGAGAUUGCAACGAGAAAGAUAUUGGAAAAAGUGUCUCAACCUGUAUAGCUGGCAAAUUAGAUUAUAUUAUUGACAAAAAACAGAAGACAUUAUCUGUUCAAGUUUCUAACUUCGUAGAAGAUCAUGCCUACCAUGUCCGUUUGUGCCACAAAUGGUUUACCUGUGAAGAUUUGGGAAUCGGUGCAUUGAUUAAAGUCCAAGAUUCCAAAGAAGUCACCUUGCCAUACUCUCGGAUAUUGCCAUGUUUGUGUAUUGAGGGCUGGUCAGCAUUGCCUGAUGCUAGAAGGGCACAACUUUGUCCAUUUAAAAACUAUACAUCUGAACUCUGGAAUGGUAUAAUGUACGAUCAUGUAUCACAGGAAUUGGCCUGGGAAUUGGCUUGUCCUGUGGAAGUCAGUGUAAACCUCUGCUGGAUGACUGAAAGCAGUGACCAUUGCAUUGAUCUGCAAAAUUCCUUCCACAAAGUACAACAUAAAGUGAGGUAUUCACGUGUGGAUCCACAUCCAAGGCUUUGUGUUAAGUUUACCACAAAUGAAGGUGUUUGGGUCAGAUGUCCUUUUGCUUUUGGAUAUUUACCAGUUUGGAUCAUGAGUACUGAUGAGCAGUUCGGUAAACUGAAGUUUACAUUCAAGACUUUGGAUAAGGCUGAAUUCAAGUUGGCUUUGUGUAACAGAACUGCACCCCAUGAGUGUGACCGACUGAAGGAACUGCAAGUUACUGCAAAUACAAUGGGUGUCUAUUCUCAAGUUUUUAACCUGUCGCAGGAAGACUGUGAGAGGGAUGUUUGCAUACAGGGAUGGCGGACAGAUAUUGAAUAUUCUGUUCGGAUUCAGUUCUGCGACAUCGUGUGUAUUGCAGAAUUAAGAGCCACAAGUACUUCCUCACAGAAUAUCCAGCCAAUUACAGUCAGUGUGAUAUUAGUGAUUCUACUGACUGUGAUCCUUGUUGCAGGAUACAUAUUCUGCAGAGAUUUUCAUCAUCCAUAUAGAAAAGUAUUUGUGCAUUCAAACCAGUCAUCCAAAAGAACAUCUGUGGACAUACAAGGAGCCUUUUCCCUCUGAAUGUUUUACCAUCAACAUGGAGUGAAGCAGAGAUUUUGCCACACUUCUCUGUGAGAUGAAGAGAAGUUUACCCUGAGCUGCUUCUGUGAAAAGAAGGCUUAGAACAUUGAGCAGAUAUCCUACUAUUUAUUGCAGCAGACGUUCCCCAAGAUAAUGGGUGCAACAGUUAUUCUAGUUUUAUCAAGAGCACACAUAGAAAGCUUCAAUAUUCAUUUAUGAAAAAAUGGAAAGACAAAUAAGCUUGAGACUAGAUAUUUUUGUUGUUAUACUCUUGAGAAUGGACCAACCUUUUAUUUUCAGGUCUAAACAUAUAAAGGUGCAGAAAAAACCAGAUGUCGCUAAUUAUUCAACUGGUAUAUUCUGAAUUAAAUGUAUUAUAGUGGUGCUUGCAGCUGUCGAACACAUUGAGUGUUUUUCACCUUUUGUUCUUAGAUUAGUGAUUCCUUGUUGCUUGUAGGUAGCUGUGGAGUUAAGAAACCUUUUGUUUGAAUUCGUCCAUGAAUCUAAGUGUUGAUGUAAAUCUGAGUCUAGAUUCUGCAUGGAUUGGCAUAUCGUUGCCUAGCACAGAGAAUUGGGGAAUUUUAUUUUACUUGAACGAAGCCAAUUUGCAUAUUUUCUCAUUCUCUGAAGUAUUAAUGACAUAAAUGGCUGUGUAAAAUAUGUUUAAGAUGCUCAAGUAUGGUUCCACUCUUAAGCUAAGUUGUACCAAUUGUAAAAACUUGGAGUAGCAAUUCUAUAUUUCUGUAUAAGUAUUUUGUAAAUACCUUUGUGACAAUCUAUUCAGAAAAAUGAGCUGGCCAGUGUACAAUGCUGAAAUGAAAAUAUUUUAGGCUGUGACUUAAUUCAAGACUGAAAUAAUUGAGCUGAGAUAUAUUAAAUAUGUAUCCAUCAAUAUUUGUCUCCACUAGAUAGUUUGAAAUAUCUAUCAAAAGCAACUUGUACAUUGAUGUGUUUGCUAAUGUGUUGAUAUUGAAAUGAUAUUAUUGAAGAUGUACUGUUUGGUAUUAUAGUAUAUUUGAUCUAAACACUGUUUUAUUUUAGGAAUUUUCUUAUUCAAUGUUACAACAUAAAUUAAAACCAGUAUUAGUGAAUCAACAGCUAGAAACUGUGCAGUUUACAAGUGUAUUUUGAAAUCUGUUUUUUUUUUAACAAUUAUGUUUACUGGUAGAACUUAUAGUUUCUUGUUUGAAGUCUCUGCUUGAGAAACAGGUUUAUAAAAGUUCUUGAGUGAAACAACACAAAAUCCUUGGAAUGACAAAAACAUUGAAUGUAGUUUAUCAACUAUCAAACUGAUUUUUGUUAGACACAGAAUAUUAUAAUGUCUAAGUGGAUUUCGUUUCACUGAAUAUCCUGUUGUGCUCAUGGUCACUGAAGUAUUUGCUCUGUAUGUAUACAUAAAUGUGGAAAACCGUUUGUAUUACAGACUCAUUGACUCAUUCUGUAUAGUUAAAAUCCAUCUAACAAUUUUCUACAUAUAUCACAAUUAAAAAAAAAAUU